AUGGACAAAACCCCAAAACGAAAAGUUGCGGUGGUGGCUCCUAACACCUUCACUGAGCUUCACCGAAUUUCACUGAACACUGAACCUAUCCACACUGAAUUCGAUAAAAUUCUCUCCGAUACCCCUCUGGAUAAUCACGCGGGUUUCAAUAUGAAGAAUGAAACCCUUCGAGCUGAUUGGAAAGCUCUUUGGAUGAAAUCCGAAUCCUAUUCAUCUUUUAAUUUGAACAAUGGAUGGAUGGUGCCCUAUAGAUACGAUGAUGUCAAGGGUCCCAAUUCUGAUUCAAACCCUAAUGUUGAAUCAUCUGGUUGGGUUUUGUGCAAUGGGGUUCAAUUGGAAGACAUUUCGUUGAAAUGCAUGGAAAUUAUAUACAAUGAUACUGUGUCAAAGCUUGUUGCCUUGGGGUACAACGAGAAUGUUGUCGUUAAAGCGAUUCUGCAUAAUGUACAUUGUUAUGGCGACAAUGAUUUGGCAACAGACCUGCUGCACAACACCUUGGCUUUUUUGAAAAGGGGGAGUUUGGACAUGCAUGAGUUCAAGCCUGCGUUCUCUGAUUUGAAGAAGCUUGAGGAGUACACUCUGAUGAAUCUUGUGUCCUUGUUGCAAGAAGUGAGGCUGGAGUUAGGUAAGGGUGAUGCUAUGUGGUGUCUCCUCAUGAGCGAUUACAACGUGUUAAAGGCUACUACCAUCCAUAUUCCCGUUGGAAGCGUGUGUCCUCCUCCUUUAACUGAGUUUGAGAACGAGGAAAGGGGAUUUAGAAAAGAGGGAGGCUCAGGUUUUCCUUUGAAAGGGUUCUUUUGUGGUAAUAAGAUGACUGUACAGUUACAGAGAGAUAUUGAAUUCCUGAAAAGAUUCGAUCUGACUCCUGCGAUGAUUUAUUCUUUGAAAAGAAAUGUUGCAGCGUUUGCUGCGGGUUAUAGGGCUAACUCAAAACAGGUGCAGUCACAAGCAGGAGAAUUUCCUGGGAUUAGCACUGUUUCCAAAUUGAAUUCUUCAUCUGUUUUUGUGACCGCGGACCUUCGUGAGCUGCCCGGUGACUCUCACAAUAUGAAUGACCAGGAUGACUUGAACUCUUUGCUAAGUAAAUUUCAUGAUCUAAAUAUUGAUGAAAACUUGGAGUUUGUGGCAGCAGAUGAGAAGGAUACGGUGAUAGUCACUCUAUUUCAUCAGAUAAAGGAUCUUGAGAAACAGGUCAAGGAGAGGAAAGAUUGGGCUCAUCAGAAGGCAAUCCAAGCUGCAAGAAAGCUAAGCAGCUAUCUAAUUGAGCUGAAAACGUUCAGGAUAGAAAGAGAGGAUAAUGAAAGGCUGAAGAAGGGGAAAGAGGAAAAUGAGGAGCUUGAGGACCCUACCAUGGUGAGACUCUUAGAAAUGGAGGAGGCCUUGAGAAAGGCUUGUGGUCAAAUGGAUAUAGCAACUGCAGGAGUAGAAAAACUUGAGGCGGAGAAAGCUGAAAUCAAAGCAGAGUUAGAAGCUUGUAAAUUAAGUGCAUCAGAGUCAGUGGCAAGCUGCUUGCAAGUUGCAAAAAGGGAGAAAAAGUUCUUAAAGAAGCUUCUGGCGUCGGAAAAACAGAAAGCGAAGAUAAAACAGGAUAUUUCAGAUGAAAAACAGAAGAUAUUGGAGAUACAAGAAGAAUUGGCUCAUAUUAAACAAUGUGCAAAAGAAGCUGAGGUCAUGAGGGGUGAAGAAGUGAAGGCUAAGGAGGAAGCCUUAGCACUAAUUGCAGAGGAACGCCGUUCUAAGGAAGCAGCUGAGGCUAAUAAAAAGAGAAAUCUUAAGGCUUUAAGCCUGAAGAUAGAUAUAGAUUUCCAGCGUCGUAAGGAUGAUCUCCUAAGACUUGAACAGGAAAUUUCGUUUCUUAAAGCAUCCGCACAGUCGGCUACUUUGCCUGCGAGGGAGUCUGAGGAUGCAGAACCCCAGAGAGAGAUAAUUGCUAAGCUUCUACAAGAAUUAGAUAACGUGCCGGAUUUGUCUGGAAAAGAUGCCAUCGUUAAUACUGAUAGAGGAUGCAUUAUAUGUGGAAAAGAUGAGGUUUCCGUUAUUUUCUUGCCAUGCGCACACCAAGUUAUGUGUACUAGUUGCAGCAAAGAGUAUGGGAGAAAUGGCAAAGCUGUUUGUCCAUGCUGCCGGGUUCCUAUCGAACAGAGAAUUCGUAUAUUUGGGGCAAGUUCCUAG